AUGGGCCGCAGUUGGCCCGCGGGCCGGACUUUGGACAUGCCUGACCUAGAGAGAAAUCUUAGUGGCUCUAUAGCAUCUCCAGAUGUUAAGCUAAAUCUUGGAGGAGGAGGAGGAGGAGGAGAGUUCAUGAAAGAUUCUACUGCAACUACAUUCUUGAGACAGAGAGGUUAUGGCUGGCUUUUGGAAGUAGAAGAUGAUGACCCAGAAGAUAUAAGACCAUAUCUGGAGGAACUGGACAUUGAUCUGAAAGAUAUUUACUACAAAAUUCGAUGUGUGUUGAUGCCUAUGCCAUCUCUUGGGUUUAAUAGACAGGUAGUGAGAGACAACCCUGAUUUUUGGGGCCCUCUGGCAGUUGUUCUUUUCUUCUCAAUGAUUUCAUUAUAUGGACAGUUCAAGGUGGUUUCUUGGAUUAUAACAAUAUGGAUAUUUGGAUCCUUGACAAUUUUUUUAUUGGCCAGGGUUCUUGGAGGAGAGGUUGCAUAUGGGCAAGUUCUUGGCGUGAUAGGAUAUUCUUUACUUCCACUCAUUGUAAUAGCACCUGUCCUCUUGGUAGUCGGAUCAUUUGAAGUUGUAUCUACACUAAUAAAACUGUUUGGAGUCUUUUGGGCUGCAUACAGUGCUGCUUCAUUACUAGUUGGAGAAGAAUUUAAGACUAAGAAGCCCCUUCUGAUUUAUCCCAUCUUUUUAUUAUAUAUCUACUUCUUGUCCCUAUACACGGGGGUGUGAUGUGGCCAAAAACGAUAUUUUAGUCACAUGCAGACUGAUAAAACUUAAGAUUAAGGAGACUGGAGAAAAUAGGAGAGACUGUUUUGUAUCCAGUUGUUGAAAGGUUUUUAAGACCUAAACACACAUUUGUGUAUAUUAUUUAAUUGAGCAAUUAUAGAUAUGUGGAUUUGUAUCAAAGUUCUAGGUUUAAGAUUCUUUAGAUUUUCAUGAACUAAAUAUAACAACCUUGUGUUUUAUAAGAUUGUGUCGCAAAAAUACAGCUAACCUGUGCCAUAAGCACCAGGACCAGAUUAUUAUAUUAUAUUAUAUUGAAUGGGAAUAUAAGAAAAUAUUGGUAAUGGUCUCAAAGUGCAAUUUUUCUGUUCAGUUAAACACAGCUGGCUUUUUUGGCACAGAAAAUUCUGUGUAUGUUUAUGAAACAGUCCUGAUGAUUCACAGAAGAGGCUCUAUAAUUGAGAUAUGAAGAUAUUAGUAUUUUUUUAUGUUAGAGACCCAGAUUUCUUUGAUUUGGCUUUUAAGAUUUUAUAAGUUCCAGUUAAUUUUGAAUAAAACCCUGCACAUGUGUAUUUUGUAUCUAUUGCUUGUGUAUAACAUAUAUACUCCCAUUUAAGGAUGUACAUUAGGUUUUUAAACACUUGAAGACCCAAGCAUUUUAAUUAAAAUCCUCAUCUCUCUACCCAAAAGAGCAAGGCUUCUACUGUGUAACAUUAAUUCACUAAAUGGUUUAUUUACAAAAUCAGAUUAUUUUAUAUUUACUGAAUUUGAAGUCACACAAAAUGACCUUUCAACUGCAUAAUUGGAGUAUAGCGUGGGAGAGGGAAGAUAAUGUAUGAAAUUUAUGUGAACUUGAGAAAUGUUUUAAAAUGACAAAAUAAACGGAGUGCUUCCCUAACCUUG